AUGGCUCCCAAGAAAACUGUCCCAAAUGCUCCUGCCACAUCUCGGGCUCGGACAAAGAGAUCCGACGGCUCUGUGGAUCUUUCUCCUUUAGGGAGCAGAGUCAACUCCAUUAUUUUUGCGAAGCAUGAGAGUGUCCUUCGCUCGAACUACGAAAUUUCUCCAACAGUAAAGCUGUUUUAUCAAGCGCCUGGAACCAGGGUCAUCGACGGUGGCGACGUUACUCUGUACGAGAGGAUGUUUCUUGCUGGUCUCCGAUUGCCGUUUCUGGAGAUUGCUCGAGACUUUGUUCUUUUUCUGAUGAUCGCGCCCAGUCAGAUAAUGCCCAACGCUUGGCGGGUCAAGGCCGAAAAGUUUGAAGAGGUUGAUUUUGAUAAUCUCGUCACCGAGGAGAAUCUGAGGCAAUUUCUCGGAUACAACAUUCCGAGAGACAAACAACUAAUCACCAAGAGGGGGUCUGUCAAGAAGAGGAAUGACGCCCCUCCAUCCCCGAGGCCUGCUACUAAGAAGAGGUCGACUAAAAAUUCUGAAGAAGUUCUCGGGGAUGUUCCUGCACAAAAGAAACAGAAGAUUCCUUUGGCUGCUUCGGGUGCAAGGAGGACUCCUCCUUCGGCUCCAUCACCUAGGGUGAACGUUGAAGAGGGGUCUGCCAGCUUUCGGGGUUUCAUUCCCGAGGUUAGCCCUGCCCCUUCCUUUGUUUUACGGGAUGAGUCUAGCUCCGAGGCCUCGUUCCAUGGUGAACAAUGUGCGGAGCCUGAGAGGUCUGGGGAAGGAGAAGGAAAUGUACCUGAGGCCCAAGACAUCCCGGUAGCGCGUAGGGUGAAACAUCCGGCCAGGAAGCGGAAGUUCACAGCCCAGGACCGAAUGGCUCAAAGACUCGCGGACGCCGAGCGGAUGUGGGGUAAAGUGGUUAUAACACCUUCGGACGCCGAGGAAGUGUGCCAAGAGCCCCUCGCUUCAAGUGGCGAAUCUCUUGAAGAGAUGGAUGAGGAAGUUGCCACCCCCCGAGCUGAGGCUCUGGUUGAGGAGUCUGAAGUAGAAGGUACUCCCCGAACUCCUUCUUCUGAACGUCCAGAAACACCAACGCUUCCUGAAGAAAAUCGUGAAAUGGGGCAUACCACCCCCCAAGUUCAAUGUUCUGCGCCUGUUCAAACCGAGACUUCUACUGGAGUACCUGAGGCUGAAGAUGUCGCAGAGCCUCGCGCCUUUCAGGAAGCGGUUGAUCAGGAGGUACCGGGCUCUGCCUCUGAAGUUCGAGAUGCUGGUCAACCCGAAAUAACUCCCCGUGUCGAAGUGCUUGAGGAGCCUCGGAUCGACUCCGAGAAUGUUAUCCCUGAAGCAGGUGUGCUUCCCGAAACUUCCACUCGUGCCGAAGUCAGCCCUUCUGGAUUAAGGCCUGACGGGUCUGAAGCGGCCCCAAGUGUAGGGGCUGAACCUCAUCUUCUAGUGAAGAUGACUGCCCUCUGGCAGAAGUACGAGAAUCGUCCUGCGCCUCCGCCUACUCCUUCUCCCGAAGUGCAGGCCCGUAUCUCUGGUUUAGAGAAUGAAGUUGCGACGCUGAAGUCUCUUCUUCAGUCCAAGGACGAGGAACUCGCCUCCCGGGACUCGAUCAUAUCCGAGAUGCGUUCUGCUAACGCUCGUUUGAGGAACGAAGUACUGGAGGCCAACGAUCGGUACACUCGCUCUGUUGCGAGUCUUUCUUCCGAGCUGGAUCGCGCAGACCAAUUGUCCAUUCGCUUGUCGGCCGUGCAGAACGAAUGCUCUGAGGCAUGCAAAAAUGCUUUGAAUGCCGAAGCCGAAAAGGACAAGCUUAAAGAUGAAGUUGAAAGACUUGCAGCCGAGAGAGAUAAAGCUGUCAAGGCGCAGGAUCAUUCGGAGAGUCUCUUGAUUCGGCUCAGGACCAGAUAUGACGCAGAUCGGGCAAAGCUCAAGCGUUAUCUGAAGCAGUUGAGCUAUGCACCACAUCUCCGGGAUCAUAGCUGGUCUCGAGGUUGUCAUUGGGGUUUCGAAAAUUUUUGA